AUGCUGGGUGUAAAGGAAGACGCGUCGCUGACGACCAAGCGUUUCAAGGAUUCCAACGAAGCUAUAAACCCCGUUAAACGACUCAAGAAAACCAUGUAUUUCCCAGUCAAUAACCUCACCAAUCCCCAAAACGAUCAAUCGAAUGUUCAAAAGCCCCCGAUUCGACCAAUCAAUAUAAAUUCGCUUACCACAAAAGUCAACCCAGUUCAAGAAAUUAACAAAAACAGUACCCACAAUUCAACAAAAGUUCAGAAACAACAGGAGCUCAAUUUUCUUCAAGAGAAUUCAGAUGAUAGUUUUGAUGGAAUUCGCUGGAAAGAAAGUCCCGAAAUCAAAAGCAGCCAUAAGCAGCUGGAUAUAAAGAAUUCUUUUAGUGGGCUACCUUCAUCUCCAUUGAAAAACAUUAACCCAGAAUCCGAGAAUGUGGAUGAUCGCACGUCAGACGUUUUAAACAGAUAUGGAUCUAAUUUUGAUAAUGUUUCCAAAAGACGAACUCCCUUAAUGACAAAAACGCGUUCAGAUAUAACAUCUUCCAGUAGCAAACACAAGAAACAAAACAACGAAAUAUCCCAACUUCAAAGAGCAAAAUCUGGUGAUGAUUAUAAAGUCAAAUCAAUGUCAGGGUCUAUUACCGACUCCUUCCAAAACACCUUGAAUAAUUGGAUAAAUAAAUUUGAAGCUGACCCACAGGAUAACCAAAACUCAAACUUGCAACCAGGCACUGUUGAUAACAAUGAAACUAUUCCCGAAAACAAAACUCUAGCAAACCCAAAUGCGUCACUUCAAUCCGAGGAUCCCUUUUCCGAUGAUGAUGAUUUAUUUCAAUUGUUACAUACUCAAAUGCAACCACAGCCUAUCUCUGAAGAUAAGGUGUCUAUGAAACCACCCUCUGAGAACGUAUUGGAUGAUGGCGAAUCGACUGAUGACCCGUUUUCAGACGACGAUUCUGAAUUAAUGGCAGUAUUAAAGACUCUGACACCCAGUGUAACAUCUGAAUAUACUAAGUCUUUUCAACAAGGUAUCCAAAACUUUGAAAAAUUAAAUAUUGAAAACACCCAUCAGGAAGAGGAUCUUGAGGAAGUACUGGAUUUGGUUUAUGAUAGGGUGAAAACCCAGAGAUUUCGAAUUGUAAAUGUUAUCGAACAGUAUUAUGGCCGAAACCACGAGAAGCAAUUUAUUCUAGAAGUUGUAGAUUCAAUGAGAGAUAAGUCAAAGAUACUUGUUCGUGGUGAUUACUGUGAAUUGGAGUUGGAAAAAGGGGACGUGAUCCACGUUAUAGUCACCGAUAGUUCCAAUCCAAGAUUAAUUGAUGACAUGCACAACUUAUUAAUUUGGAACCCAGACAUUUUGUUAUCAGCAACAACAAUUGCUCAGCAGCUUAACUGUUCAAGGAAAACAGUGAUAUUGUCUAGGUACAAAUUUCCCGCAACACUGACGUUGCCUAUUAUUGCCGGUGAAAUAGUUCAUUUUAUUUUUCAAGAAUGUAUUUGUACUGAAAAGUGGGAUACGGAAUUCAUGAACCAAGUAUUAGAUGAGUUAUUGCUGCAAUACAUGUUGUUAAUAUUCGGGAUACAAAAAGAGGUUAAAGAAGUUAGAGAAGAAGUUGUUAAACACUUUGAUUAUUUGCAAACAUGGUUUAAUACCUACUACAAGCAACCACUCAGUCGAAAGAAUCUAAUUGACGAAACAUCUGAAAGGGAUCCGAUUAUGUUUGCUGUGGAAGAAGCCUUGGAUAUUGAAGAAGAAAUAAGAUCGCCAAUAUUUGGUAUCAAAGGAAAAAUCGACGCUACCAUAACAGCAAAAUUUGAAAACAAAAAAAUGAAAGGUCAAUUCAUGAUACCAAUGGAAAUAAAAACAGGUAGAGAGUAUAUUUACCACCGGGCACAGGCGUCUUUAUAUUCAUUGUUGUUUAAGGAUCGAUAUGAUAUGACUAUCGAUUCAUUUUUGCUUGUGUAUACAAAGGAGAAGCUUACCCAAAAGUGCAAUAUCAGAAUUUCUGAUUUACGUUCUUUGGUGAAUUUGAGAAACAAAGUGUCUCACUACAUAAAGAACAACUUGAAGCUACCACCGUUGGUUAAGAAUUCCAACUGUGAACGAUGCGAAAUUAGAAGCGCUUGUAUGACCUUAAACCACCUAACAGAAAAUGGUACCAAAGAGGAAUCUGGUAUUGAGGAAGACUUAUACGAAGCUAUAACUAGAGACAUUUUUGAAAACGAUUUAUAUCGUAAUUACUUCCAGCACUGGGAUGAGCUUAUUUCCAAGGAAGAAGACAUUCUGAGUAGAGCCGUCAAAGAUUUAUGGACGAUCCCAGCAGAGGAAAAAGAGUUUCAAGGUAAAUGCUUUUCUGACAUGAGAAUCACAAAUUCGAAUGAGAAGGAGUCGAACAAUUUCCUAUUCUCGUCAACACAUCAUGAUAAAUCCCAGAAUCAGCAAUUUAUGUACACAUUCGCAAAGGCUGAGAAUGCUUCCAAGUUUAAUUUGGCAAGAUCGCUAAUUAAUGUUAACGAUAAGGUUAUCAUAAGUGACGAAGAAGGCCAUUUUGCUUUAACAACAGGAUUGGUCAAGCAAAUCACCAAAGAUUUUGUAGUGAUUUCCACUAGACGGAAAAUCAUCACUUCUGAUUACAAAUUGAAAAAUUACAAUAGGGCAAACAACCAAGUAUUUCAAAGUGUUAUUCGAUCAACCCAACAGAACACACAAACCACAAUUGAAAAAAAGUUCCGCAUUGAUAAGGAUGGAAUGUUUUACGGUUUGGGAUUGGCAAGAUAUAAUGUUUUAAGUUUAUUCUUACCUGGCGGGGCAUCAAAGUUGAGAAAAUUGGUAGUUGAUCUUGAGAAGCCCACAUUUGGCACGUCUUCUUGGGAGAUUCCUGACGCUGAAAAGUUCAAUCCUGAUCAAAUUGCAGCUUUGAAUAAGGCCUUUAGCGCUAAUGACUAUUCUUUAAUAGUAGGGAUGCCCGGCACAGGUAAAACGACGGUGAUUGCUCAACUUAUAAAAGUACUUGUAUCACAGAAGAAAUCGGUUUUACUUACUUCUUACACAAAUUCAGCAGUUGACAAUAUACUACUUAAACUUAAAGAAUUGGAUAUUGACUUUCUAAGACUUGGAUAUCCACAGAGAGUUCACAAAGAUAUUAAAGACUAUAUUCCUGGAUUUAAAGACUCAAUAACUACAUAUGAGCAAUAUGUCAAUACCUAUAUGCGCCCAAAAGUAAUUGCGACCACCUGCUUGAACAUCACUGAUACGUGUUUUAAUUUAAGAAGGACUUUUGAUUAUUGUAUUGUGGAUGAAGCUUCGCAAAUAACCUUACCGGUAAAUUUGGGUCCCUUGGGAUUUGCUGACAAAUUUGUCAUGGUAGGCGACCAUGAUCAGUUGCCACCUUUAGUUACCCAUCCAGACAAAAGAGUCAAACAAGAAUUAUCGCGAUCGCUUUUCAGUUUGUUGGCCAAAGAGCAUCCAGAUUCGAUUAGUUACUUGACAUAUCAAUACCGAAUGAAUAAUGAUAUUAUGAAUGUUUGCAAUACUUUAAUUUAUAAUAACAAAUUAAAGUGCGGUUCCGAAAAAGUUGCCCAACAAUCCUUAAAAAUACCUAACUCAGAAGUCCUAAAUAGUUUCUUAACUGAAGACGUUCCCUCGGACCUGCAAUGGAUACACAAAGUAUUUGAUGAGAAGAACAAAGUGUUAUUCUUAGACUACGAUGCGGUGCCGGCUGUUGAAGAAACGGUGGGUGAAAUGAUAACAAAUACAAGGGAGGCACUUUUAAUUCAACAACUUGUCAACGCGUUGGUUCUUGGAGGAGUGAAAGAAGAUCAGAUUGGGGUUAUGUCGUUUUAUCGUGCUCAAUUAUCGGUAUUGAAAAAAAAUCUUUGUAAUUUGAAAGACUUGGAAAUACUCACAGCCGACCAAUAUCAAGGAAGAGACAAAGAGUGUAUUAUAAUAUCUUUAGUACGGUCAAACGAAAGGAAGUUUGCUGGUAAUCUAAUGACAGAAUAUCGUAGAUUAAAUGUUGCUGCAACUAGAGCCAAAUCCAAGCUAAUAAUCCUUGGAUCGAGGUUUACAUUAUCCACCAACGAGUUAACCAAUACAUUUGUUGAUUACUUGGAAAGCGAAAAAUGGUAUUAUCCUCUUCCACAAUCAGCUCACAAGAUUUAUGAGGUUCCAAAGGUUAACGGUUCAUCUACUACAUCGCAAAGAAGUCAUGAUUCUCCAAUAUUGAAUAGAAACCCGAUACUUAAGAAUGUAGUUCAAGAUCUUACUAGAUAA